AUGUUAUACGGAUCCGAGUGCUGGGCUACAAAUAAACCCCACUUGAACAAGCUCCACACCACAGAGAUGCGCAUGUUACGCUGGUCAGCGGGUGUCACCAUGAUGGACAAGAUAAGAAACGUGUAUAUCCGGGGUAGUUUCAAAGUAGCGCCAAUAACAGAAAAGCUGACGGAAAAACGCCUGAGGUGGUACGGUCAUGUACAGAGGCGUCCAGUAGACUACAUGGUUAAGGUAGCGCUCGAUAUUCCAACGACGAAGCGAGGACGUGGAAGACCACCUGCCACCUGGCUGACGACGGUUCAGAGAGACCUGAAAGACCUCAAUAUAGACGCCGACCUUGCACUCAAUCGUGCAGAAUGGAGGAAAAGAACAGGGAAGGCCGACCCCAAGUAA